AGUCCGGAAGGAAUCGUGGCGCUGCCGCCCCCUCAGGCCGCUGACCCUCCCCUGAUGGUGUGAAGACGCCCCCUCUCCGGCCACCGUCCGCUCCGAAGUCUGGCGCCAUGAACCUGCUGCCGGCCAACCCGCACGGGAACGGGCUCCUCUUCGCCGGCUUCAACCAAGACCACGGGUGCUUUGCAUGUGGGAUGGAAAAUGGAUUUAGAGUGUUUAAUGCGGAUCCACUGAAGGAGAAGGAGAAGCAAGAAUUUCUAGAAGGAGGGGUUGGCCAUGUUGAAAUGUUGUUUCGAUGCAACUAUUUAGCUUUGGUCGGUGGAGGAAAAAAGCCCAAAUAUCCACCUAAUAAAGUGAUGAUCUGGGAUGAUCUGAAAAAGAAGACCGUUAUUGAAAUAGAGUUUUCCACAGAAGUCAAAGCAGUUAAGCUUCGAAGAGACAGAAUUGUGGUAGUUCUGGAUUCGAUGAUUAAAGUUUUCACAUUCACGCACAAUCCUCACCAGUUGCAUGUCUUUGAAACCUGCUAUAACCCAAAAGGUCUCUGUGUACUGUGUCCGAACAGUAAUAAUUCCCUGCUUGCAUUCCCUGGAACGCAUACUGGACAUGUACAGAUUGUGGAUUUGGCAAACACAGAAAAACCUCCUGUAGAUAUACCUGCUCAUGAAGGAGUCUUGAGCUGCAUAGCUCUCAACCUGCAGGGAACAAGGAUUGCUACAGCAUCAGAAAAAGGAACCCUCAUAAGAAUAUUUGACACAUCAUCAGGGCAUUUAAUCCAAGAGCUGCGUAGAGGGUCUCAGGCUGCCAAUAUCUACUGUAUUAACUUCAACCAAGAUGCUUCUCUCAUCUGUGUGUCGAGUGACCAUGCCACAGUGCACAUAUUUGCAGCAGAGGAUCCAAAAAGGAACAAGCAGUCAAGUUUAGCAUCAGCCAGUUUCCUGCCCAAAUACUUCAGUUCCAAAUGGAGUUUUUCCAAAUUUCAGGUUCCCUCUGGUUCCCCUUGCAUCUGUGCCUUUGGAACAGAGCCGAAUUCUGUCCUAGCAAUCUGUGCAGAUGGCAGCUACUACAAAUUUUUAUUUAACCAAAAAGGCGAAUGCUCCAGGGAUGUCUAUGCUCAGUUCCUAGAAAUGACUGAUGACAAACUUUGACUGCGCGGACGGAAGUAUUGAAGGAAGAGGGGGAGGGAGGUGAAUGUAUUCCUCUCCCUCUCUGAAGAGACAGCCUCUAACUACCCCAGCAGUCAACAGUGCUGCUCAGGAUGGGACAGAAGAUCUGAAGAAGUCCAGGUCAACACAAUCAGACCCAGCUGCAAGGCAGAGGACUAAUACAGCACAUGCUGUCAACAACUGGUUUUAAAUGUUAGUUUUGACUGCUGCUGUUCUUCAGUUUUCUUAAAGUUUCAAUCACCUUUCUGUAACUAACUUGUGAAGCUUAUUGUAUGUCAUGGUAGGGUUUUAAGCAUUUCUUAUUUCUCAGAAAGAUACAAAAAAAGUAUCAUGGUUGUAGGGCACUAGGAAAGAUAUGCCAGACAACUUGGAAUGUUUAUACCAGCAGUUUCUGCCUUUACAAAUGUCUGUUUCCUCAUCAUCUUUUAAUACACGGAAAGGGAUCAUAGCAAGUUUGCUCUGAGUUACCCUUACUCAGGAAUAGACAGAAUGUGCAAGCCCUUAUUUCCAUACUAAUUGUGAAUAUGUAUUAAUACAUCUUGUCAGAGGUGCCAAAAACACAUCCAAUAAAUGGAAUUAAGCACUGUUUUCCUAAAUCAUUCUGCAGGGUAGAAAGCAAGCUAUGAGAACAAUGCUGGGGGCUGUGAAUCUGAUAGGUAGGUAUGUUGUCUAGAUAAUAUAACCAUUCCAGGCAGUUAUGUUUUUGUCCAUUGAUGUGUUUGCACUUAAGCUGUACAGUGGCAGGCAUACAGAAAAGUACAGUAUGUAAUGGCCAACAUUAAGUAUACUGUUAUUUUCUGCUAUAACUUGCAAAGUAUCACUAUCAUAAUGCAGACUUAGUAUGUGUUCCAAACCAACUAAGUUGGUGGCCAGUUGAACCAUAAGUGAUAAAUCAUUCAGGCAUAUAACUAUAGUUCAGGUGUUUUGGAAACUGAGGUAAUAUAGACACUCAAAUUGAAAUCACCCCCCCUUUCAAAUGGAAAUAUUAAUCCCCUUUAAAAAUUUCACACACGCCUCAAAAUUAACUGAAGCAUUAAGUCACAGAGUUACAAGAUCUGAAUGUCAUUUAACUCAAACCUAUAUUCAUAUUUGCAAGUUUGCAUGUUGCUUUUAAAUGUAUAUUUAAUCAUGGAAGUUGUUUUGCACACCUUUUGUAAUCUUUUAAUUAAAAUGGACUAAUUUGCUGUAUUCACUUUAUGGUAAAAAACUGAGUUUUGUGUGUGA